AAGGUUUGCGAAAUAGCGUUCACUACGCUGAGGCUAUGGCUUCACCCACCACAUCACAAUUGACAACCGUUUGUUCUGCAGUCGUGUAAUGGUCCACAGCAUGCUCGUUCAUCACAGUUCUGCUCGACGAAAAGCAUGUACCGAGUGUGUACGCGUCAAGCGGAGAUGCGACCUCGUGGUUCCAGCCUGUACUCGAUGUAAUACUCGGGGGUUGGAUUGUCAAUAUAUAUCUUUCUCUAAGCGGCUUGCUGAGGAUCAGAUUGGCGCUGUCACACCUGUGGCCCGGCCCAUGAAGGAGCAAUGUACACUACUGUCGGACCCCGGGAGCAUUGUCUCUAGCAGUCCACGUUCUCCAUGGCAAGGUACAACCUUCAGCACUGUCGACUUUCCGGAGCUGGCCCCCAUCACCAAAGAUCAGGUUGACUUCUGCACCACCCAAUUCCAGUCCUGCAUUGCACAGCUGGUCCAAGGGGUCAAUCUACCGUUUAUCCACCACACUUCGUAUAAAGACACCGUACCAUGCCUUUAUCAAGACCUCGUUGGUGUCAGCGCUAUGUACUGUCAAAGAACUCCUGAGAACCUACCGGUUGUGUUCGCAAUCUUGGACGACAAUAUUUCCAGGCUCAUUGCGAAGUCGUCCAGCUGGGGCCCUGAGGAACUUUUGUUGGGUACACAGGCGCUUAUCGUGUAUCAAAUCAUCCGGUUGUUUGAUGGAGACAUUCGCCAGCGUGCUAAUGCAGAGAGGCAAUCAGUCCUGCUUGAGACCUGGACAAGUCAGCUGCAAGCAGCACUUAAUACGUUUCAGAACACUUUCCAGCUUGAGAGCCCAACACACCGGUGGUGGGUGCUGCUGGAAAGCGCUCGGAGAACUCUGCUAGUGUCUGUCAUGUUACAAGCAUUGUACUCACUUCUCAGAGAUGGGAUCUGCACUUCGGUACCUUACAUGGCAACUUUACCAGUCUCUCUUGAUGGAGCUUUAUGGGGCAUGUCCACAGAAGAUUGGCACAAGACUGCUCUGGGUGCUGAAGGCGACCCGGUGACCUACCGCGAGUUCGUGGCCAAAUGGGUCGACGGAGCUCCGCUGCAGAUCGAGGCAUACGAAACAAUUCUUUUGGUCGCUUGCAAGCACAAUGCACAACGCAUGUCUUUUAAAGCCUCAUCAUAGCAGGGUCCCUUUGCUGUGGCACAACUUAACCUAUUGCUCACAUGCACCGCGACACUCGCGAGGCUGAGCACGAGGCUAAGGACCCACUCCUGGUGGAAUUCCACUUCCCAAGCUGGCAUGAGCGAAAAGGGCUUCGGUGAGGCCGGACAAUCUCAAGAGACGAAU